AUGAUGGAAACAGAAAACUAAUAAAUUGGUAAUUAGAUUAAACCCAAAACUACAAUCCUUUGUUCAAUUUGUGAUCUUGCUUUCACUCCCAGUGAGCAGAAGACGCUUAUUUGCACAAAUUGUAUCAUCAAUCAGACUGACAUUACGGUUGGUAUAACCAAGGAGGGAAUAGUGAAUUACUGUCGAUUCUGUCAUCGUUACUUGAGACCACCUUGGACCCUGUGCGAGAGGGAAUCAAAAGAACUAUUGAGCAUUUGUUUGAAGAGAUUGAGAGGGUAAAUGAUAUUUGAAUUCCUUUGUGUAGAUUGAAUAAAGUCAAAAUCAUCGAUGCUGCCUUUGUGUACACCGAACCAAGUUCCAAGAGAAUCAAGGUCAAAUUAACAGUAUAGAAGGAGGUGCUCAACAAUACGAAUAUGCAACAAGUAUGGACUCCAUAACUAAUUAGACAUUCAUAUGCGAAUUCGUGGAACACUACUAACAAUGCGAAGAUUGCAAGAAGGAAUUCACUCCUCACACUUGGGGAGCAGCAGUUCAAGUCCGUUAAAGAGUGGAUCAUAAAAAAACAUUCUUUUAUCUGGAACAAUUGCUGUUGAAAUACAAUGCAAAUGACAAAGUGUUGAAAAUAGAACAAGUUGAUGAUGGAUUAGACUUCUUCUACAAAUCGAAAUCGCAUGCCAAUAGAUUGGUGGAAUACUUAUCAACUAUAUUGCCAAUAAGAGUGAAACCAUCUAAAUAAUUGGUAUCACAUGAUGCUAGCAGCAAUCUCUUCAAUUAUAAGUAUGUCUAUGCAGUAGAUUUGCCUAAAGUGUGUAAGGAUGACCUAGUCAUUCUGCCUUAGAAAUUGUGCAAAGAAUUGGGAGGAGUAGGCAGAGUCCAAUUAUGUUAUAAAUUGACAACCAUCAUUCACUUAAUCGAUCCCCUCUCAAUGAAAUGUUCAGAUCUAUCCAUUGAAGCUUUUUCUUUGUAUGAAAAUGAAAUUGAAGUCUAUAACCUAAAGACACAUCAACAUGAAUUCACUGUUGUUGAUGUCGAACGAAUUCACACCAGAAAUUUGAAUGAAAGCUAUAUCUCAAGUUCAUAAAAUGCAUUCCUACCAAAAUUGACCAAGGUUACUAUUAUUAGGGAAUCUAAUAAUUACGUACCUGUGACUGUCAAAAGUCAUUUGGGAGACAUCCUCAAAACUGGACAGGUUGCUAUUGGUUAUGACUUAACUUAAUUGACUAUUGAGUCUUUGGAGGAUAUCUCCAAUUAUCCUGAAUGCAUAUUGGUGAAGAGAUAGAUCAAUAAGGAAGCCAGGAAAUAGAGAAUCUUCAAGUUGAAGAGGCUGGAAGCUCAGAAUGUUAUGGAAGAGGAAGGAGGAGAACGAAAGAGAAACCAAUGUAUUCAAUUAUUCCAUUAUCCUUUUAGAGAAGAAAUAGAAUGAUCAAGAGGAGCAAUUCGAAGAAUUCUUAGAUGAUGUAGAAAAGGAUAAGGAGAUGAGAAAGAACAUCAAUUUGUAUAGAGAUGAAGAAAAGAUUAAAAAGCUGAGUAAAGAGGAUUUGAAGAAGAAAUAAAAGAAAUAAGUUCAGUUGUAGAAGAAGGAUAAUGAUGAUGAAUGGUAAGAUGAUGAUGAGGAGGAUGAUGUGAAAUUGGAAGACUUAAUGAAAGAUUUGAAUUUGGAAGAUAAACCAGAAUUGGCUGAACCUGUGGAUGAAGCAUAAGAUGAAAUCAAUCAAUUUAUUACCAAAUUAGAAAAAGUUACAAUCGAAAAAUGA